AUGUCAGAUUUUGUGAAAGAAACUAAAGAUCUUACCUUACAUGGGAUUUUAAUUAAUAAUACUAGAAUUAGAGUUUCAAUUCGGGUUUUCUACUGUGAUGUGCCGGCAAAGUCUUUCAUUUUAAAAAUUAAAGGUCAUAGUGGGUUUUCAUCAUGCACAAGAUGUGCCAUCGAAGGUGAAUAUUUGCACAAUAGAGUUUGCUUUCCGUACACUGGAAUUCAAGCAACUAUGAGAAAUCACCAGAAUUACAUUAAUAUUACAGAUGAAGAAUAUCAUGUUGGCAGUGUAACAUCAAAUCUUGUAGAAUUACCAAAUUUUGAUUCCGUUUUUUCUCUCUCACUUGAUUAUAUGCAUCUAGUUUGUUUGGGUGUAAUGAAAAAAUUAUUGAUGCUGUGGCUAAGCAAAGGUCCAGUUAGUGUUCGGAUACGGUCAGCAAAAAUGAAUGAGUUAUCUUGA